UCUCCAUAUUUUCCCUCCUCCUUAUUCACCUAUGUAGCCGAAUUUUGAAGUGUUCGGUUUAGUCUAUUGUUAGCAAUGCUAGCAAAAAGAAUAAACCCUCUUUACUUCCAAUCCCUCUCUCACUGUAAGUGUUCCUUUGUCUUGUUUACAUCCCUCUCAAAAUUUGUUAAAAAAGAUAAGAAUUUUAGCAAACUUAUUGUUUACUGCAAUUCCCUGAUUACAAAACAUGGAAACAGUGGCGAUAUCAAAGAAUCUGAGUCGAUAUUCAGUCGCAUGCCGCACAAGAACAUCAUAUCAUACACUGCCAUGCUUACUGCGUAUGCUAAAAAUGACCAAAUUGCAAAAGCACAGAAACUGUUUGGUGAAAUGCCUGAACGAAGUACUGCUUCGUAUAAUGCUAUGAUCACAGCUUAUAUAAGGGAUAAUAAUUGUAUGGUAGAUGAGGCAUUUAAGUUGUUUUCUCAAAUGGAGAAGAAGAACGCGGUGUCUUAUGGGGCCAUGAUUACUGGUUUUCUCAUGGCAGGGAUGUUUGAUAGGGCGCAGGCAUUGUAUGGUGAAAUGCCGGUUAAGUGGCGGGAUCCGGUGUGUUCCAAUGCAAUGAUCAGUGGAUUGUUGAAAGCCGGGAGACUGGAAGAGGCAAUUCAGGUUUUUGAAUUUAUGGAGGAGAGAGAUGUUGUUUCUUGGAGCUCUAUGAUUGAUGGUUAUUGCAAGAAGGGAAGGAUUGUUGAGGCUAAAGGGUUGUUCGAUAGAAUGCAGGUGAGAAAUGUCAUUACUUGGACAGCUAUGAUUGAUGGUUAUAUGAAUGCAGGGUGUUUUGAUGAUGGGUUUAGUUUGUUUUCUAAUAUGAGAAGAGAAGGAGCUGUUGAAGUUAAUCCUACAGCCUUAACUAUAAUGUUUGAGGCCUGUGGUCAUUUCGGAAGAUACUCAGAGGGAAUUCAGGUGCAUGGUCUGCUUUUACACAUGGGAUUUGAAUUUGACAUCUUUUUGGGUAACUCUAUCAUCACAAUGUAUUGUAGGUUUGGCUGUAUGGAUGAAGCAAAUCAAAUAUUUCAGAUGAUGAGCAAAAGAAAUGUGGUUUGUUGGAAUUCACUUAUUGCUGGUUAUACUCAACAUGAUGAAAUGGAGGAAGCUUAUAAACUUUUCGAGAAGAUGCCUGAAAAAGAUGUGAUUUCAUGGACAACUAUGGUUGCAGGAUUUUCUGCCAAAGGGAAGAUUCAGAAAGCCAUCCAAUUGUUCAAAAUGAUGCCUGAGAAAGAUGAUGUAGCUUGGACUGCUAUGAUUUCAGGUUUUGUGAGUAAUGGAGAGUAUGAGGAGGCUUUUCGUUGGUUUACUGAGAUGCUGAAGAAAGCAGUCAAGCCAAACUCACCAACUUUGAGUAGUAUGCUUAGUGCUUCAGCUGGUUUAGCAACACUAAACCAAGGCUUGCAAAUCCAUGCACAUGUAGUGAAAAUGGACUUGCAGUGUGAUUUAUCUAUCCAGAAUUCACUAGUCUCAAUGUACUCAAAAUGUGGAAAUGUUGCUGAAGCCUGCCGGAUGUUUGAAAGUAUUAAUGCACCCAAUAUUAUUUCAUUCAACUCAAUGAUUACUGGGUUUAGCCAAAAUGGGCAUGGAGAAGAAGCUCUUAACUUAUUCAGCAAAAUGCAGAAAACAAGUUUGCAGCCUAAUGAAAUCACUUUUCUUGGUAUUCUAUCAGGCUGCACUCAUGCGGGAUUAGUAGAAGAGGGACGGGAAUAUUUUAGUUUGAUGAAAUCUAUCUACAAUAUUGAACCAGGGGUGGAUCACUAUGCAUGCAUGGUUGAUCUCCUUGGCCGAGCUGGAUUUCUAGAUGAAGCAAUGGAUUUAAUCCACUCAAUGCCUUUCGAGCCUCAUGAUGGGGUUUGGGGAGCUCUUCUAGGUGCUAGCAGGAUUCACUUACGUCUUGACCUAGCAAAGCUUGCAGCUCAACACCUUAUCAAAAUGGUGCCUGAUAGCGCAACCUCUUAUAUAGUCCUGUCUGAUUUGUAUAAUACUGUUGGAGAAAAAAAGGAUGGAUACCGUGUAAGAAUGAUGAAAAAAUCCAAAAGAAUAAAGAAGAGUCCAGGUUGCAGCUGGAUUAUAAUGAAGGACAACGUUCAUUUAUUUCUUGCUGGGGAUACAUCUCACAUGGAUUGGGAAGAGAUUAAACUUACACUUUGUACAAUUACAAGGGAAAUGAGCGACUUGGAUUGCCAUGUAAAAUGACAUUAAAAUCGACUCUAGUUUUUAUCAUGCUGACAGUAAGGAUGCCUAAUGUUUAACCAUUCCUGGUAUUUAAGCAGCAGUGUCAAGAAGUAUGAUGAAUAAUGAGGAGAAAAAGCCAUAUCAGAGCAGUUCUGUGUUCUUUGUAUCAGCAGGAUAGGUUAUUUUGUGGUGAAGCUGAAAGAUGGUUCAUGUUUCAGGGGAGACUAUAAUCUUGUUGAUUUUUCCCAUAAAACAUGGUUGUGGUAAAUUUUAUUGCUAAUUUUAACUCAGCCUUUGCAGUGGCUUGUGAUACUUUGUGGUGACAUUUCACACUCAGGUUCAAGGAUGCUCAGUUACUCUUGGCAUUAACUGUCCUCAAGAUGCCUAACCCAUCAAGGACAGUUGUCUCCCAAGAGGGCAAGUUCAUCCUCUUGUAGAAUUUCAACUCGUUCACCUGUCAAUCCCCCCAAUAGCAUACAAUACCCUGAGAUUGUCCUGUACAUAUCAGUUACCAUUCUUGCUUUUUUGGCUGUUGAUGAGACCAUGAGAGCCUUGAAGAUAAUUUGUUGUUCCUACCACCUAACCAACACUGCAGUUGUGCUGUUCAUUUAUAAAGGUUGAGGAAUUCUUGGAAGCUGCAUCAGACGAAGAAUUGUCUCUGUUUCUGUCUCUCCCUGAGAUCGUCAGUUGCAAUUAUGAUCUAACAACUUGAUCAAUCCUUCCUCAGAUGGAGCGCGGGAGAGAUUCUUUACCCUUACCAUCAAGGCAUAGAGAAUCCAACAAGAUUUCUGGCUAUGCUUUCAAUUCUCUAACUCUCAAUGAGAGGUUUGUUUUAGCAAUCUUAUUUAUUUGUUAAUGUUCCAUGGAAGGAUUGGUGAAAAUGGCAAACUCAGAACCAUGUGAGGACUCUGAGGAAUUAAGCAACUGGUUCAUGAUCCAUAUUAUGAAUUUGAACUUGGCAAUUAUCAGAAAAUUUGCAUGCGGCACAAGAUCUGUUUUCUUUCCGGUGACAUGUUCUUUAAACGCGGAGCACAUGAAAUUUAAUUGUUCAGUUCCCUCUGGAAUUCUAAUGUGGCUUCUUAUGGUUACAGAUCUGCUGAUAGAUAAUUCAUCAAUCAUGCAAUGAUGGAGGAAGAGCUUUUGGUGAACUGUUAAUUUCAGAUGAUUGAAACACUGAUAAAACUUCAAGAACUCUUAUCUCAUAAUGUAUAUGAGGUUAUGUUUUUAUACUCCAUAAUGUGUAAAUAUAAUUUUUUAAGAGCUUGUUGUUGAGCUGCUACUGCAUAUCUAUAUAUGACUUUUU